CGGCAACAAUUAAACAAACCCGCUGGGUCUAACCAGGUUUAGAAAGGCUUACCUUGAACAAUAAACUACAUAGUUUUCAUCUUCCUCCAAGUUUAAAUCUGAUCCACUUCGUAACUUUACUUGUGUGCACCUUUUACUGAAAGCUUGUUUUCAUAAUGGGCAUUCAGAAUAUAUUUUUACUGUCCCUGACUUGUGUCUACCUUGCAAUUUUUAUUUUAUCUUUCCUGGUCUGCGUACCAGCAGGUAUUAAUAUAAAUACCUUUGAUGGACAUUGCCUUCUUUACGCAUCUGGAAAAUGGAAUUUAAGCGACAGUAGGGAAGCAGAGUUAACUUAUGUGAAUUGGGGACCCAGUAGUGCCUGUAAUUUUACAAUAUUCAUUGGAAUAGUUUCAAUAAUAACAUCACUGUUCUAUUUAGCAAGGAAUUCAUUUUUGCUCGCUAAAGGAAUUGAAAGUUCAUGGCUAGAUGCAUUCAUCAACCUCAUUGUGAACAGCAGUAUGUGCAUCUGCCUUUUUUCUACAGCUUUAGCUGUCAGUGUAGGCUUUCAUGAAUGGUGCAACUUAAUUAAAGAUCCACUGUCGCAAAUAGACAGAUGUGAGGAUGGUCAGUAUAGAACAAUUGGUAAACACAUUAACGUCGACACAGAAAACUACUAUAUCCAGUGGCAGGUAGCUCAGUUUGGAAUAUGGACUUGCUGGAUUGGCUGGUUAAUUUUAUCUGUGAUGUCACUGAUCAGGAUCUAUCGCUCUCAUAGACAAGAACCCUUCACUACCAGCAUGAGCAGAGAACGUCAGAGAUUGUUAGCCCAUGUGGGGCACAACCCAGUACCUACAUAAAAAUGAUUUAAGAAAUUUUGUUCUUUCUAUUUUUAAAAUUUACAGUAUUAUUUUAAGUAAUCUUUUUAUAUAAGUUAAUAUUUGUUUGUUUUCAGAGAUGUAACUUUUUCACUUUUUUAUGGAAUUCCGCCUUUCUAUUUUAAGACUAUGAAUGAAACAGAAAUGUGACAAGACAUGCCCAAUUCUAAUUAUAUUUUACUCAAAUUUUCACACAAAACACGUCUCCUUAACAUAAUCACCCUUCUCCUGCUUCCAAAGUCACGUUUAUACAUAGACAUAAGAUGUGACAAUGCAAGAAGUUUUGUUUAUGGUGUCUCAGUACUACUAGUGCUGUUAUUUAAACAAUUUUAAAGUGGUAAUUUUUAGUUGAUUUAAAAAAACCAUCAUCCUAGGGUGGAGAAGUUUAGAGGCGUUUAGAAAGAAAGUAAAAGGGAGCUUAUUAAUUGGUUAAUGUACUGUAUGAUUAACAAAUAAGAACAUAUGCCUACGAUAAUUUGGCUAAUGUAAUUUAUCAGUACCCUGUUAAAAAAACUUUUCAACUAUUAUAAAAACUAUUCUAGAAAUACUGUGUAUGCUGGGUUAAUAACAACUGCCACCCUUAGUAUUUUCAGCUAAAAAAAAAAUUCCGCUUCAUUCUUGGGUUGAUGGGUACAUGUCUGUGUUAUACUUUAACUAUAAUUUUAAUUUUGUCUUUCAUUUUAGCUUUUAUUGUUACCAGAUCAACCAGAUAAUAUAUUCAUUGAUGAUCCUAUUUAUUUUUAUAUUUUAACUUUAACUCUAGAUGUUACAUCAAAAGACAUUAUAACAUUUCAACUCUUUGAAAAUGGAGAUGCAUAAUAACUAAUUACUAUCCAGAUAUAUCAAUAUUGAUUAUAACCAAAUGUUCUAAUUAGAAAAUAUAUUUUUAUAAAUGCAUUUUUUUUGUUUUGCCUGAAUCAAAAGUGUCAAUUAUAUUGGAAAGUAAUAACCAUUUUAAACUUGAACAACCAAAAUGGGCACCUGUUUUUAUAAAAAUUAAGUCUGUUUUUGGAUUGUUAUUGUUCUAUACCUAUUGUUGCUUUAGCUUUAUUAUGCUUUAACUGUAAAAACUAUAUCUAUUUUUUAAAGAUUUUAUUCUUUUAUACCUAUUGCUUAUGCUUUUAAAAAGAAACAUGAUAAAAACAAAUAUUAUUUCUAGUAUAAUGAAUAAGCAUAAAAUAAUGUUAUACAAUUUAAACUUUAUUUCUCACUUUUUAAAUAAGAUAACCUUAGAAUGAUGGAUUUACACCUUUAUAUAAAUCUAUUUAUAAAGACAUUCUUUUUAUUGGACUUUGUCACCAUAAGCUGUAAUUAAUUAACAAUAAUAAUUAGACCUCUUUAAUUAGGUGACUCAUGCAAUAUUUAUUGGGUAAACAAUGUGUUGCAGUGAGAUGAGGGUUUUGUUCCAGUUAUUCAUAGUGCAAGUUACAAAUUAAAAUCCAGGGUCUUCAUUGUUAUAAAAAAAAAGGUUGUUUGAGGAAAAUUGUGUAUUCUCUUAAGAGCAUAUUAAUUUUCUAAAUUAACCUUUGUAUUGUUCAAUGUUAGGUAUUGACCUUUAAGUAAUCUGUUGAUAAUGAGCAUUCAUAAAUUCAUUUGGUCUUCCAAUCUUUGUUAGACUGCUUGUAUUCAGUAAAAUGCCGUUAAAUAUUUACAAACAAAUUGUUAAAUUUAAAAUAAUAUUGUCUAGUCAAAUAAACAAAAAGUGAACCUUGAGAGCUUUUGUGAUGGAAAAAGCUUUGAGAGCUUUUGUGAUGGAAAAAGCUUUUGUCUGGAUUUUUUUUUAUACACAAGCACUUUCACAGAGUAAAACAAAUUUUCAUUAAGUUAAUUGAGAUGUCUUCCCUCUACUUGUUAUUUCAGAGAACAUUGCAAGUUAUUUCCUCAUUUUAAAAAAAUGUGAAAUAAUAAUUAAUAGUCAUUUUCAGAUUUUGCCUUUUUUUUCUAGUGGGUUUUUGUAAACAUAAUGUUUUUAUACAUUUUUACAUUAAUAAUGAAAUUAAAAAUAGAUGUAUGAAAAUUUUUGUAUGAAUAGUUGAAGACUUUUCUAUUUACACUAUUUGAGUAUUACCUAAUAAACCACCACUGCUCUGUUUACACUAGAUUUAGGCUCUACAAAAUAUUAUUUAUCUAAAGUAAUAAUUCUGUUUACACCAAGACAAAGUGCCUGGAAGUUGCAAUGUUUUAUUGGUAUUUGUAUGCUUUAUAAUUUUAAAUACUGUGUAUUAUUUUCAGAUUUUGAAAUGAUU